GCUAUAAAUACUUGUAGAUCUGAUGAUGGUCAAACUUUGAAAUUCACUUAUAAAAACGUAUUGUUAGUCACAACCUUGUGAGAAAAGGUUCAGAAUAUUUUGAUUGAAAGCAUGGUAACUCCGCAGAGUGUUUCCUUUGGUACCAUGAUGGGUUUGAUUAUUGCAGUUUGUAUUGGAGUCGGUUCAACAUUUUCUUUAAAACCGGACCUCAAUAGAUGCAGGUUUAAUGAUCCUCCGGACCUUACCUCUUGCAUCAUAAGGGAUCCGUGCUGUUUCGUUACUCCGGUGUUUGAGUUCGGUUGUUUCACCGGUUGUCGUGUUGCAUGUCACAAUAGCCUAGACUGUGAGAGGGCGUGUCCGGUUUUGACAGAAUACGAUGUCCAGAACUGUGUCAACACGGACAACCAUUGCUUUGUGGAGAAACUAUGGGAGGAGAUAGGCGGGAGAAAGUGCUUCAAGGGCUGUGUGAAAGCCUGUACUUAAUUAUGCAAACCCCGCUUGCGCCCCAACAAUACGUCAUUUGAAUUUAUUGGACCGUAUAGUACAAAAUCGAUUCGUGGUGUAAUCGCAGAUAAAGACGCCGAAAAAUGUAAAUAUAUAUGAAUAAACAGGCAUGAAUAUUGUUAACUAUGCAACUUUGGACUUGAUUUUUGUACCGGGAAAUCGGAAUUAAGAGAUUUGCCUAGACGGCUUUCGUAGAUUUGAGCAUUUUCCACAUUUUGCAUGUAACUGUAUUGCUAUGAAGGGUUGAUAAAAAAAUUUAAGCAA